AUGGAAACCUGGUCAGUUGGUCAGGUCUGCAGUUGGUUGGUGGAGAAAAACUUAGGAGAGCUAGUUCAUAGGUUUCAAGAGGAAGAAGUAAGUGGGGCCGCUCUUCUAGCUCUUAAUGAUCGGAUGGUUCAGCAACUGGUGAAGAAAAUUGGGCACCAGGCUGUUCUGAUGGAUUUAAUUAAAAAAUAUAAGCAGAAGAGUCAAAGACUGGAGCCCCUUGGGAGCCCUAGAGAAACAGCCCCCCUCGCUCAAGCAGGAGCAGCCCCUGAGGAUGAACAAUUCCCUAGUCCAGCCAACUGUGGGCAGCAGACACCAUCUUUCUAUGCAGCUGAAAACCUUGAAAAUGGACUAAUCGACCAAAGAGUACUGAAACAGAGCAGAAGGAAUGUGAAACAUGUUCUAGCAAGAACAAAAGCAUUGCAAUGGACUAAGUCCUAUGUUUUACCAGAGUUUCCCUAUGAUGUCAAAUGCAUGUUAGCAGAACAGAAGUGUCCCGAUCACAGCAUGAGGAUAAGGAUCAUUGAGUUUCUCCAGGCCGACAUGACUAAGUAUCUGGAAGGCUCACUGUAUCCCAGCACCCAGCAGUACAAUGAUGUGGUCAAUGCCUUGCUGCAGACCCACCCUUUCCUGGACGAGGACGGUUGUGGCUUCUUUUUAUGGAAACGAGCUCUCAAAGAUCGCUUUAAAUAUGUUCGGAGACCCAUAGAAGAUGACGAACAAGUGAUGAGAAAUAAGUGUAAAUUUGGACACCGGAGAGGCCAGACGAAGAAAUCUCUUACCAAUAUAAGCUUUGAUGAAGUUAAAAUUGUCCAGAUAAAAGAAGAAACUGUUUGCUUAGAUUCUGAGACAGAUGAACAUAUUAACUGGUUCCAGCAAGAAUAUAUGAAAACAGAAAAGAACUGGAAAGAAAUUGAUAAGAGGAUGAGUCAGACUUUGGAAAUAAGAAGAAAGUUGAUUGGCAGCAGAACACCUCUGAAGGACGUUCUUAAAAUGUUUCCUUUCCUGAAGUGCCCUUAUCAGAUGUUCAGAGAAUUCCAGCUUCUUACGAGAACAGAUAUUUAUAAGAAAAUAAAGCACAUUUUGGAAACCUAUUCAGAAAAUAUACUGACUUCUUUUUCAGUGAUGGACAAUCCAAUCAAUAUUGCAUUGCAAGAAAAAAUGAAACAGCACACAGAUGAAGAAAUGUUGAAACAUCUGAAGAUGACAGCCACAUGUUUGCUUCUACCAGAUGUUUUUGGGGAUGAUCCCAGCCUUUUUGUCAUUGUGAAUGAGAAGGUGCAAGUUUCCACACCCGUGUUAGAAGUCAAGAACCCUUUCAAUGUCGAUGUCUGCGAAUUUUCUUUGUAUUUAGAAAAAGAGAAGCUCACAAAGGUAGACGACUGUAUUACGGCCUUGGCUGUUCUCAUUGCUGCCUUCCAUGUAUUUGGAGUUGAGUGUCCAAGAAGACUGUCCCAAACCCUCAACUUCCUAGAGACGCUGAUUUUUGAUAUGCACAGUCCGUGUUUUCCUUCUAUGAAAGAAAAGGAAAAGGAAGUAGGAUUUCAACACCCAGUUGCUUAA